GGGGUAAAUCCAUUUCGAGACUCUUUAUUUUCCUUUUGCAUUUCAGGAGUCAGUUGAGAUAUCUGGGUCUCUCUCUCUCUCUCUCGUUUCUAUUUUAUACGCAAAGAAAUAACGUACAGAUAGAAACAGUUUCUCGAUCAAUUCCUUUAGAAAUUCAACUCAAAUCGCCUAGAUUAAGGGCACUGCUAGACUUGUACCGUUUAAGUUUAGCAGUUUGUGCUGUAUACGUUAAUAUGGGACUUUGCUUGGGUAAGCCUCGAAUUGAUGGAGAUGAUUCUGAAGAGAAUGUCAAGUUUUCUGGUGGGAAUGUGCAUCUUAUCACCUCCAAGGAAUCUUGGGAUCAAAAGUUGGUAGAAGCAAGUGGGGAUGGCAAGAUUGUAAUUGCAAACUUCAGUGCAACAUGGUGUGGUCCAUGUAAAAUGAUUGCGCCAUUUUACCGCGAAUUAUCUGAGAAAUACCCAUCGGCCAUGUUCUUAUUGAUUGAUGUUGAAGAACUAACGGAGCUCAGCACUUCAUGGGAGGUCAAAGCCACUCCUACAUUCUUCUUGAUUAGAGAUGGACGGCAAGUUGACAAGCAUGUAGGAGCCAACAAGACACAGUUGGAGAAGAGGAUAACCGCAAUUGUAGAUUCUACUACCCAAUGUCAGAAUUGACUGCUGUGUAUGUUUCUAUCUAGUGAGAGGCUGCUCGACGUUUUGUAUACAUGCCGCUGCGAGUAUGGAUGCUUGGGCUGUAGCUUCUUUUUUUUUUUUUGGUUAUUUUUCCUGUCUACUAGGCAAAUGGCAUGUAAAUACCACUGUUAGAUGAAUGUCGUUCUUUCUUAUUUUGGCUUGAAAUUCUUGGGCAAGCUAAGAAUUAUUUUUAAUCUACUUUUCCCAAAGACUGAUCUAGAAAUAAAAUAAUUUUAUU